UCAUGCUGCUGCCAGGUCCAGAGUCUCUCAUGGGUCCCUGUACGGCCUCCCAUUGCUGCUGUCUCCAUCGCCACACUCUGCCAUGUGCCACUUUCAGGUCUCCUCACACACUGCUGAAUUUUUUUGACAUAGGGUGCUGGCAGAUUACGGGCCUCCCCAUAGCUGCUGCCAGGCCCCUAAUCUGCCAUAGGCCCCUAUAUACCGCCUCCCAUAGCUCCCAUGCUGCAGUCCGCCUCCUCAUCUUGAGGUCCAGGUCCAGAGUCUCUCAUGGGUCCUGUACGGCCUCCCAUUGCUGCUGUGCCUCCAUCGCCACACACUCUCUGCCAUGUGCCACU